CUGAGAGAGGCGCUCGCCCAACACGCCCAUCCACCCAAAAACACAACCUGCUGGGGACAAUACCCGCCAUCAGAGAGAAGCCUCUUUCGUCCCUUUUCCGCCUUUCUCUCUUUCCCCCCCUAAAAAAAAAAGACAGACAGAGAGAAAAAAACAACCGAAGACAGAGGCUUUUCUUUUUUUUUUCUUUUCCAGAGAAAAUUGCCUUUUAUUUUAUUUUUUUGUGUUGUUGUUGUUGUUGUUGUCGUCCGCUCCUGCUUCUGCUUUUUAAUUUCUCGCUCUGUGCCACACACGGCCUUGGGAAAAGAAAGAGAGAAGAAAAGAAAGAGAUCAACGCUAAUUAUUAUAUCAAAUACAAUAUCUGGGCAGCACAUCCCCUCACAAAGCCAAGCGGCUCUCCGAGACCCAUCAACCGGACCUGCUCCCUCUUUUUACAACAAGAAUGGUUACACAGAUAAUCAGCACCAUGGAGACUCAGGGCUCUAACGGCCCCAGCGCCAACAGCCUGCCCAACGGCCCGGUCCUGGGGAGCAGCUCCACCGACGACAGCAAGACCAACCUGAUCGUCAACUACCUGCCCCAGACCAUGACCCAGGAGGAGUUCAAGAGCCUGUUCAGCAGCAUCGGGGACAUCGAGUCCUGCAAGCUGGUCAGAGACAAGAUCACAGGUCAGAGCUUGGGGUACGGCUUCGUGAACUACGUGGACCCCAACGACGCCGACAAAGCCAUCAACACCCUGAACGGGCUGAAACUGCAAACCAAAACGAUCAAGGUGUCGUACGCCCGGCCGAGCUCGGCCUCUAUCCGGGAUGCUAACCUUUACGUCAGCGGGCUGCCCAAGACCAUGAGCCAGAAGGACAUGGAGCAGCUGUUCUCACAGUACGGCCGUAUCAUCACCUCCCGCAUCCUGGUGGACCAGGUCACAGCAGGCAUAUCGCGAGGCGUGGGCUUCAUCCGGUUUGACAAGCGGAACGAGGCGGAGGAGGCCAUCAAGGGCCUGAACGGGCAGAAGCCCCUGGGCGCCUCGGAGCCCAUCACCGUCAAAUUCGCCAACAACCCCAGCCAGAAGACGGGCCAGGCCCUGCUCACCCAGCUGUACCAGACGGCAGCCCGCCGCUACACCGGGCCCCUGCACCACCAGACACAGAGGAUAAGACUCGACAAUUUACUAAACGCCAGCUACGGAAUGAAGAGCUCUCCCUCUCUCCUCCCCAGGUUCUCUCCCAUCACCAUCGACAGCAUGAGCAGCCUGGCUGGCGUCAGCCUAACGGGCCCCACCGGGGCCGGCUGGUGCAUCUUCGUGUACAACCUGUCCCCCGAGGCAGACGAGAGCGUGCUGUGGCAGCUGUUCGGGCCCUUCGGCGCCGUCACCAACGUCAAGGUGAUCCGCGACUUCACCACCAACAAGUGCAAGGGCUUCGGCUUCGUCACCAUGACCAACUACGACGAGGCCGCCAUGGCCAUCGCCAGCCUGAACGGCUACCGCCUGGGCGACCGCGUGCUGCAGGUCUCCUUCAAAACCAGCAAGCAGCACAAGGCCUGAACCCAGAGGGAGAGGGAGAGGGAGGGAGGGAGGGAGGGAGAGAGAGAGAGAGAGGAGGGA